AGGAAUCAUUGAUCAGGAGUCGUUCACAAGUGUAUUUUACUGCAUCUGAAAAUAGUGUGCAGGCGUCAUCUUCUGAAAAGGAUCAAGGGCGGGUUCAAGACUCACCUUCUGAGAGUGAUUUGGGAUCUUCAGCUAAUGAGAAAGGCACAUUAGAAGGAAAACAAAAUGCCAAGUUGAGAUUAUCAUCUCCUCCCAGAGCAAGAGGACACCAGCAAGCAUGGAGUUCUGCUUCAAAUUAUUCAGAAUGCUUUAGCGACAAUCAAACAACCAAAUUUGGUAGUAUUACUUCUGAGGAACGGGUGGCUAAUACUGUUAAGCAACCUGCACCAGACACAAAAUUUAAAGUGCAGUUAGCCUUGAAUUCACAAUCUUCUAAAAGUACUGAGCAGGGAUCAGAUAUAACUCAUGGUUCAAUGAACACAAAACGGACCGCUUCUUAUGGAUCAAAAUUAACUGAAAGUGGUGUGGGUGCAAAUCAAAUUAGGGCUGCUAGUCAAGGAUCAGAUUUAGACAAUGGAUCUUUUGACUCAAAACACCAUGGCGUUUCUAGGCAAAUAUCAGAGGCAACUUUCUCAACGACUGUUCACAAUAUUGGAAGAGAAUCGCUUGGCAGCUCAUGGAGCAAUGCAGUAGACUUUGACAAUACAAUGAAUACAUUGAUGAAUUCAGCUGACCUCAGUUACUUAAACAGUUCAGAUAAAAAGCCAGGCUUAAGCAAUGGUGGCUGGUCUGAGGAACUCAGGGGGAAAUUUUAUAAAAGAUAUAUGGACAAACGAGAUGCAAAGCUUCGGGAGGAGUCAAUCACCAAACGGGCUCACAGGAAAGCCAAACUCAAAGCUAUGCAAGAAGCUCUUGAGUAUACAAAAGCUGAAAUGGUUGCCUGGAAUGCAAAAUUCUUGGAAAAGCAAGAUUCCAUCAUCCAGGCUAGAGCAAGAGCUGAAAAAUUGAGGUCUUUCAAUCCCCAAUCAUUGAAGAACAAGAAACAACAGUUUGAUGAUGUGAAUAAGCAGGCAUUUUCCAAACAGGAACAAGGUAUUACAUUUAACACUCCUAGUCCUUCUGAUAUGCAUUCUCCUCUUGCAUCAAAAGAAUUGUCAAAAUCUAGCUCUGCCAAGAAGCUUUUCUCAAAUAAAGAAAGCUAUGCCCUAUACAGCACAACAUGGUUCCUUGACAUCUCCCUCACCUAGGUCUUCCAUGCCUGUCAAAGUUCCCUGUGUUGGAAGUGACUCUUCAGCUUGUAUCAGGGUCUAUGAAAAUCCUCUGUUUGAGUCUGUUCCUAACUUUACAGAUCCGAGGAAAGAGAAUACAAAACCUUCUACUAGUUUGGGAGGUUUCAGGGUCUAUGAAAAUCCUUUGUUUCAGUCUGUUCCUAAUUUUGCACAUCAGAGCAAAGAGAAUACAAAACCUUCUGUGGUCGGGCAGGUUUGAGCUCAAACUUGGGUAGUGCAUCUCGUGGACAGCCCAAGAGUGGUAGCUGUAAAAGUUCAUGUUUUUUUGCAGUUCAAUCUCUUCGAAGCUCGAUUCCAGCUUCCUCAGCAAAUUUCAAAUUAAGAUAGGAUCACCUAUCAGGUGGUAGCUCAAUUAAAGGUGAAUCUCAUGUCAGAGUAUUUCUAGGAGUUUGUUGAGGAAGCUAUUAGUGCAUAAACAAUAUCAAGGCAGUUCAGGUUUUUAGUGCUUAUACAGUUUUGAAGGCCUUGAAACUUGUGCAGUCUGGACACAAUUUAUGAGUACAGAGGGUUCAUUGUUGUUAAUCUCUACUUUGUAUACAAGUUGUUUUCCAGGGGUUCAUAUGUCGACAAUAGAGAUUAUCAGGUUCUAGUUAAAUCCUAAGCUGGUGUGAUAGUAUAAGCCUGUGUAAUCAUCAGUCUGGAUUCAUGGUAGGUCUGUAGAUGAAGUUAAUAAUAUGCUAUUUUUUCUAUGUUCAAAUUGUAACUGCCAAUUGGCAAUUGUUCAUCGUGAUUUGUGUGCCCUUUGGAUAGUUUUAGAGAAAAAUUGGCAAUUGUUCAUCGUGAUUUGUAUGCCCUUUGGAUCA